AUGGUCAAGAAGCGCACGCUGCGUCCGCUGCCCGUGUUUGACCAGAAGGCGCUGCCGGAGUUUCUACAAACGCACGACUUCAAGGAGGUCCACGCCCUGACAAUAUGGAGGUACCUAGCCCAGCAUCCCGAGGCUUCGUUUGCGGAUAUUCCAGGCAUCCCCAAGACCCUUCGGACGCAGCUACGCGAGCACUUUGUGCCUUUUACAACGUCCGUGACAACGGAGCAGCGCUCGGCCGAUGGUACUGUGAAGCUGCUGCUGCAAUUGCAGGACAAGCACGAGAUCGAGGCGGUGAUCAUGCGUCAUAAAGGCCGCAAUACGCUCUGCGUGAGCUCCCAAGUGGGCUGUCAGAUGGCCUGCACGUUCUGCGCCACGGGCACGCUCGGGAUCGUUGCGGAUCUGUGCAGUGGUGAGAUCCUCGAGCAACUUGCUCAUGCCAAUCGCGUGGCGCCAAUUCGCAAUGUGGUGUUUAUGGGCAUGGGCGAGCCGCUGAACAAUUAUGACGCCGUGUUGGCUGCCAUUCGAGCUAUGACCAACGUCUUCGGACUAGCUCCGAAGCACCUUACGCUGUCAACGGUGGGGGUGAUCCACCGAAUCCGACAGCUAUCACAUGAUGCGCCGCUUGUGCGUCUGGCGCUGUCGCUGCAUGCUCCGACGCAGGAGAUGCGCAGUGAGAUCGUACCGACAUCUAAAGCCUACCCGUUGGACAAACUCAUGGCAGCGAUUGACGACCAUCUUGCAAUGCAGGAAGGACGUCUCGUGAUGGUGGAGUACUGCAUGCUCGCAGGCGUCAAUGACUCCAUCGACACUGCCCAUAAACUCGGCCAGCUGCUUCGUAAUCGAUCGGUGCAUGUGAACCUGAUCCCAUACAACACGACCGAUGUUGGUGCACAGUUCCGCUCGCCGUCAUCCGAAGACAUUCGCGCCUUCCACGCAGUGUUACGUGACCCGUAUAACCUCAAAGCUACGAUCCGCGAGAACCAUGGCACUGACAUUGACGGUGCAUGUGGUCAAUUGGCUCUGAAGAACAAGCCUGAUGGGGAUGCUGUGCAGCGGGACAUUGAGGACCUCGGCCAACGGAGACCCAAGAGCUUGCAAGCAAAAAACGAGAAGCGGAUUCCGACGCCGGACAGCGAGAAUAUGGACGCGUCUUCCGUCCCGACGUCGUUUUUUCCAUCAUGGCUGGCGCGUGGAAACGACUUUGUGGACGAGCACCAGCAAGCUAUUGGACUCGCUUUAUUGGGUGCAGCGAUUACGGUGUUUGCCAUCGGAAUCGCUCGGGGUGGACGUGGUCGUGUAAAUUAA